ACACCACUGCAAAUCACGAAAACACUAUGCGCAGCAUGCACGCGGAUACUUGUGUGCGUCUCCAUCCAAGAUACUUGCCCGCGUCUCCAUCCAAGAUCCUGGCAGUUGUUCUCCAACAUUGCGACGUCAGCUAAGGAGAAGGGGAAUAAGACCCUAUCCCUGACUAACUUCCUGGCAGAGGACAAGGGGGGUAAUGCACCCCCUAGUUACCCCCCCACCAAGCCCACUAGCAGCUGGGCCGAGGAGACAGAUGACCUAGACACAGAGGUAUCCACCUCCUGGCAUACAGAGGAGGAUAUUUCCCGGGCCCCAGCCAUCGACCGCUCCAUCCUGCCCACAGCACUCCGUUCAGCCCGGGAGCCAAACGUUGACCGCUCUUGUAUUCCUUGCGGUCCCCCUUACACCGCCUUCCUGGGCAACUUGCCCUACGACGUGACUGAGGAAUCCAUCAUGGACUUCUUCAGGGGCGUGGGGAUCAGUGCAGUACAUCUUCCUAGAGAACCCAGUAACCAAGACCGCUCGAAGGGUUUUGGCUAUGCUGAGUUUGAUGAUGUGGAAUCUCUCCUGAGUGCCUUGAGUCUAAACAAAGAGAACUUCGGAAACAGAAGGAUCCUUGUGGACAUUGCAGAUUGGUCUUGUUGGGGUAGUGGGGAUCACAAUAGUGACCGUGGUGGUGACCGAUACGAUAGACCGGAGGAAAGCCAUUGUGACCGAGGUGCUGUGGAGAGGCCCAAGUUGAUACUGAAACCCUGUAGCCUACCUAAAGAAGUGGAGCAGAGCAGUGCCCCGUCUGCCCCCUCGGACAGGGCUGCCUCCAUCUUCGGUGGGGCCAAGCCAGUGGACACUGCUGCCAAGGAGAGAGAGGUGGAGGAGAGGCUGAAGAGGGAACAGGAAAAACUGCAGCGAGAGCUAGAAGACAGAAUCACCGACCACAAUCCCAGAGAGAGGCACCCCAGCUGGCGCAGUGAGGACCAACCUGCAGGACGCUCUCAGACUGGCAGUGAGUCUUCCCAAACCAGACAACCGUGGCCAAUCUAGCAGAGCCUCCAAGUGCAGGGAGAGCGAGCGCUCCACCUCCCAAGGAGAACGCCUGGGCCAAGAGGACCACACCUGUUGGGGGCUCCAGUGAGGGCGAGGCCCGGCCACCGUCUCCCCCGCAAUGACACACCCCUACAGCUCACCAGCUUAGCUGAUGAUGAAGUGCCUCAGGCAGAUAAAGAAGAGGUCGAUCGCAGCGAAUAGAUACAGUAUGCAGCCUUGAUAUAAUGGACGCAGACCCACAUGACAAUAUGGAGGACAAUGCAUAGGGAGGGUGAAUGAAAGAAGUGAAGGAGAUGGAAGAUGCAAAGAAUGAGGUCUGCCCAGCAACCUGGCUGGAGCAGCUCUACAGCUCCCUUUCUGCAAACCUGCUUAAAGAGAAACCCACCCCACUGCCGGCUGGCUGCACCUUCAAGAUUGGACCUAAACAUAGAGAAAUACUAGUCUGGGUAGUCUUUUUAGCCAACAUUCCACUUCUUGUCACUCCUGACAAUUUUCCAAAUCUUUGGCAAGGAGUGGUAUGUAAUAUAUCAAAACAGAGACAGCAACCAGGUGAGAGAAAUGCUGGACGGGUUUUUAAUAAGGUUGAAUUUGUCAUUAUAAAAAAAAAUGUAAAAGGUGGGGUUGAGAGAUGUGUAGCUACAUGCGUCUUCACCACCCGCCAGUCUAGAUGCUGGACUAUGUAGGUUCUCUGAGCUCUAAACCUGGUUAUACUAAUGCUGGAGGGUCUAUCUCAGAGGGACAGACUGGAGUUUUAAAUAAAAGAAAAGACAGGAAAGUCCCCUGUUUUAAGGGGCACAAAAAAAAUGUACUGUGGGGUAUGCGAUGUUUGUGUUUCUCUGAUCAUCAUCUGUAGCCGUCAUUAACUGGAUCUUUUCAGCCACCGUCCCAAUAUACCGCCAAUGGCUUCCUCUCCAGAAAGGAAACGCUUCCUUCCUUCCGCCUCAUCCGGACCUGCCUGGAAAUCUCCUGGCAACCAUGUCAUGAAAAAAAUUGUGUGAACUGUCCUAAACGUAUUGGAGGCAUGAUCUUCACUCACUCUUAUCCAUGGGCCAUGUGUUGAAUGGAAUUGAAUGCAGAGGGUGUUUUUGACAUUGUAUGUACUGUAUGUAACCCCACUAUCACAAGUGAAGAAGCACAUCUCAUUGGAUGUUUGUUUCUCUAUGUAACGUGCAUGACUGUGGAAACAGACUCAUGUGGUUCUUUAAGCCAUGGGAAUGUUGAGAUGGAUUUCAUCAACUCCAUGUGGGUAGGUCACAGAGUGGGAGAGAUUUACCAAAGUGGAUGUAAGGAAUGUAUUUUAUGGUAUACCACUACUAAAUUAUGCAAGUUUUGAUUUUCUGAAUCUAACCCAUCACUUCACAGCUUAGUGCAUUAUUCACCCAUUUUUUCAGUUUCUUCUGUUGAACUGGGCUAUAAGUUUCUCUGUCACAUUUUAGGUUCUCUUGUUCACUUCAAAUAGAUAAAAAAUACAAUAUUUGACUGUU